UUCUAUUUAACAUGUUAUAUUUCUCAGUUUAAAAUAUUUCCCCAAAAAUUUGUUGAAUUCCUUCUUGCCUAAUCGAUUUAACAAUAAUGUCUACUAUAAACGACAGUUUGAGUAAAAUGGAUGAGAUACUUAUAAACUUUCAAAGCUGCACUGGAAUUGAAGAUGCGACUAAAGCCAUUCAAUUAUUGGAACAGAACGACUGGAACCUAGAAGUGGCUUUGAAAAAUUAUUUUCCAGAAUCUUCUCAGAACGAUGAAAGAAGCGGUCAUGGAAAUACUAGAGAAUGUGCAUUUUGUGAUGGAAUCACCGUCGAUUCCAUUCCAUCUGGCAGCGGUUCUAAUCAGAUUGAUGUUCAAGUUCAUUAUCAUGAAAAUGAAGUUGCCAACUUUUGUGUUUUGGAUUCCAUCAAAUUGAGCCAAUUAAAAUCGUUGAUCUCUUCAGUAACUAGAUACACUCCCCAGGAACAGAUCCUCAGUGGCUGGUCUUCGGAACCUGAAAGUGAUGAUAAAACGUUAGCCGAGUUGGGCUCAACAAAUAGAAUACACUUAUUUCUGAUUACCAGACCUAUUAACACACAUUUAUACAAUGAUGAUGGCUUGGAAAAACAGCUUUUAACAUUUGCCAAUCUAUCUAAAAGCCAAGACAGUGAACUGGGAAUUAGAAAACUAAAAAUAUUGGAUGAAACAAGUAACAGAGAUUAUAUUUUAAUUGUUUAUGUUGAAACAACAGUUUUAACUGUGAAACAUUAUAUAAGUUUCAUAACUGGCAUACCUACUGGAAAUCAAGUUUGGACGGGAUGGCCAAUUGAAUCCAUCGAUGACACUUCUUGGAUCGGAAUCGUGCUACCAAACAUUUUUUACAACUGUUUAAAAGUUCGACCUCGUGAAUGUUUCGAUUCAUUAGACACCGACAGCUCCCGAGAAAGUUAUGAAGAUGCUUCAGACAGUUUUAAUACAGACGAUGAGAUCUUUUCAAGCGAUAUCACCCAAGAAAAAAUAAUACCCAUUAUUCCCAAAAAUGUAGAAGAUGAAACAGUAGGGUCUGUACAUUUCAUCGAUGGUUUCAUGCAGAGAUACGGUCAAACUGCACCUAAUUUUUUUCCAGGGUCGUUGGAAAUGGCAAUGGCAGAAUCAUGCAUGAAACCAGCCAAAGACAGGAGAACAUUGGCUGUUUAUUUGCACCACGAUGGCAGCCCUCUGUCAAAAACAUUUUGUAAAGAUAUUUUGUGCUCUGAGAUUGUUUUACAUUCUUUUGAACAUUACACUUUGUUUUGGGGUUGGGAUUUAACAGAUGAAUCCAACAAAAAUAUGUUUUUGGCUUCGUCAAUGAAAAGUCUCGGCCCAAGUAUAACUGAAACAGUUCGUAACAUGACUGUUACUGUUUUACCGGUUUUACUGAUAGUUUCCAAAUGUCAUUCUGUAGUAAAGCUCAGUGAAGUGAUUUACGGUGCAACGGAUUUGAACAAAUUUGUUGAUGUGAUGAUGCAAAUCGUUAGCAAAACCAGACAGAUGCAGGAGAGUGAACUUAAAAACGAAGAACAAAGAGCAAUAAGAGAAAGAGAGAUGGCCGAACAAGAUCUUGCAUUUCAAGAAUCACUUUUCAAAGACAAAGCGAAGGCAGAAGCAAUAAAGCAGAAACUGUUGAUGGAAAGUCAAGAAGAAGAAAGGAAAAGGCAAAAGAUCGAAGAAGACACUGAAAAAAAGAACAAAGAACAAAGCAACGCUCUUGCAAAAAUUUCACCUGAACCCACAGAAGAUUGUAAAGAAAUUGUAACAAUGAAAUUUAGAACCCCUUCAGGUGACACAUUUCAUAGACGGUUCUUGUUGACAGAAAAUGUUGAAGUUGUCUUUAAUUAUCUUCUUUCAAAAGGGUAUCGACUCGGAGAGUAUAAAAUCAUGAUGAGCUGGCCAAAACGUGAAAUUACAUUGUCGGAGGAAUCAAAAACCCUAAAAGAUCUCAAUUUGCAUUUUCAAGAAGUGAUAAACAUAGAAGAACGUUAAAAAAAAAAAAAGAAACAAUGGGGCUAUGGGUGUUUUCUAUAAAACAAAUAAACAUUUUGUAAUGAUAUAACACAAGGAUUGUGUGAACUUCAA